AAGAACUUAUGCGUGGAGAAACACAUCUGCAACUGCAAGUGAAGCCCGAAAGAUGGAGAUGGAUAAAGAAGACGACGGAAUCCCUAACCCUAACUCUAGCCCUAGCCCUAGCCCUAGCCCUAACCCUAACCCUAACCCGGUUAGAGGAUCAAAGGGCAAGUCAUGCAAGGGAUGUCUAUACUACUCGUCUAUUCUCAAAUCCAAGUCUCAAAACCCUAGGUGCAUCGGCAUCAGUAGAACCCUUCAUCAAGUACCAAGCUAUAUUGUGGGAGAAUCUGAGCUGGAAGCUUCUAAAGAGGGUCGAAGUCUUACAGACUUCAGGUAUGCUUGCGCUGGUUACUCAGUGUAUUUGGACAACAAAAAUCCAUCUGCUGACCAGGAAGAGAAACAAGCAGAAUUGCCAUUCUGUGUUGGUCUUGAGGUUUUGUUGGACAAGAGAACUUCUCCUGCACACCAUGGGUCUGCUAAUCAUGUUCCUGCUCCUGCUCAGAGAAGAGAAGACAGCCAUGCUUUUCCUCAACCUCGCCCCUAUAAACCGCCACAUUCCACAGGGAAUGAGUACUUGAACAGGUUUGUAAGGAAUGCAAGUCUGGUGGCAUCAGGUGUUGCCAGGAAUGUGAACAAGGUGGGAAAUUAUCUAAAAGAGAGUCUGGAUGACAUUCUAUACCCUUACCGAAGAAGACCAAAGUAAAGAUUGGAGAGAGUUUGGGUUACGAUGUAUGUUAGAAGAGGAAUCCAAGCUGCAGAAGUGGCACUAUGCUAUAUUUAUUGUUGCUAAUCAAUUUGGAAAUCUUCUUUCAAAACUCCCCCUUCCUCUUUAUCAUAAAGAUGUAGUAAUCCUUUUGUUGUUGUGCAAGGGAAGAGGAGGGGAAUUGUUUUACUACACCCUGGUUCAGUACAUGGUUAUACAAUGGUUUUAUUUAUCAAUAAAUUUUAUUUUCAUUGUUUAAGUAAGUAAUGCAGUUUGAUUUGAGAGAGCAAAUGUAUUUUCCACUGUCCUCAGUGGAUUACAUGCCAGAUUGAGAUUGUAGUAA